UCUCAUUUAUGCUCCUUUAUUUAUUUCCUCGUGUCUUUUGUUAAAACUUUGGUUUAGAAUGCCUUAGGCGGAAGCUUUUUGAUAUCAAAUUCUUUUAUGUUUUUCAGCUUGCUAACCAUGCAAGUUCAGUACAGCAUCUAGCAUCUCGUUGCUUUCAGAGCAUCCAAAUACUUCAUUCCAGUCGUUAACUGAAUCUAACAAAACACAAAACAAGGUUUCAGAUCAACAGAGUAUCCCCCAAGUCAUCAAUGAGGUGCCUCUUAUAAAGACAUACUGCCAUAUUUUGUCAGCAGAAAACAUGUUCAAGUCACGGAGCAAGAAGAACAAGAUUAAAGCUGUAUUCAAACUGCAGUUUCAGGCAACUCAGGUGCCAAAGAUGAAAAAGUCUACAGUGAUGAUAGCUUUGGUGCCAGAUGAUGUUGGGAAGCCAAAGGUGAAACUAGAGAAAGUUUCUGUUCAGGAUGGAACCUGUCUAUGGGAAAAACCAAUUUUUGAAUCAGUUAAACUCGUCAGGGACACAAAAUCAGGAAAACUUCAAGAGAAAAUCUACCAUUUUGUUGUUUCAACUGGAUCUUCAAAAUCUGGAUUUCUUGGGGAAUCCUCAAUUGACUUAGCUGAUUUUGCUGCAGAAACUGAGCCACUUACUGUGUCCCUACCCCUAAAGUUUGCCAAUUCAGGUGCAAUCCUACAUGUGACAAUUCAGAAUGUGGAAGGGGUACAUAUAGAUCAAAGAAAUGAGGAAGAUAAUGGAAAUGGAAGCUUAAGACACCAACUGAGCAUUUGCAGUGCAGAUGAAGGUUCUCAUAAUGUUCACGAUUUUCCCAAGCUACUACCCACCUUGAGGCAGAAUUCAAUGCCUUCAGGAACUAUCGAGGCCAUUGCAACAAAAGUUCAUAUGCAUUGGGGGUCCAUGGGUUCAGCUUCAGAUAGGAGUUUAGGUAAUUACUGGACAAACAGCCUGGAAGAUACUCUUCCUCGAGAAAGAUUACAAGAGCCUUCGGAUAAUGUCACUGAAAACCUCAAAAGUGAAAUUGCUUCUCUAAAGAGGAAAGUUGAAGCAUCAGAACUAGAGUUACAAUCACUUCAGAAGCUGAUGGAGAAGGAAUGCAGUCGAGGACAAAGUAUGUCAAGACAAAUAAUCAGCCUUAGAGAGGAGAGAAAUAUGAUCAAAACUAAAUAUGAGCAACUCCUGUCCCAGCAAAACGUCAAUGAUAAGACCAAAACUUCAAAAGCCUUACAAAAUGAGAUUGAAGAUGCUAGACUGAAGUUAGAAGCAAUAAAGGAAGAGCUUGUUCAUGAAAAAGAGUUUAGUUCUAAUAUUCAAUUGCAACUCCAGAAGACACAAAACUCAAACUCCGAACUGCUUUUGGCAGUGAGAGAACUUGAAGCAAUGCUGGAGCAAAAGAAUAAGGAAUUGUUGGACAAUAAAGAGCAUGAUGCCACAGAAUUAGGUACUUUGAAGCAGAAAAUUGCAGACCAGAAUGGUCAAUUAGAUAUUUAUUAUAAGCAACGAGAAGAGCUAAAUGAUCAUAUAAAAGAGCUCAACUUUGAGUGUGAGCUUCUGAAAAAAGAAAAUCUGAAUAUGUCUUUGAGAUUAAAACAUGGAGAAGCACAACAUAUUGUCUUACAAAAUAAACAUUCAGCUUCUUUGGCAACUAUAGAACAACUUGAAUCAGAAGUACAGAGAUUAGAAGAAAAGAUAAAGAAGCAGGCAUAUGAUUUUUCAGACUCUUUGCUUUACAUCAAUGAACUUGAAAAUCGAGUUGGUGAUUUGGAAAAGCAAGCAGAAAAAAUUGAAGAAGAUUUCCAUGCCAUGAAAUGCGCAAAACUUGAGCAGGAAGCACGGGCCAUUCAGGCAGAGGAGACAUUGAUAAAGACAAGACACGAUAAUGGUCUCACAUGUCAGCAUUUUCAGGAUGAAUAUAGGAGUCUUUCAGUUGAAAUGACAUUAAAAGUAGAAGAAAACGAAAAGAAGACCAUGGAAGCUUAUGCAGAAGCUGAUGAAUUGCGGAAGCAGAAGAAACAUACGGAAGAAAUGCUCCAGAAAUGCAAUCAAGAGCUUGGGCUCAUUACAAAUCAGAAUGAACUGAAACUGCAACAACUCUUGAACCAAAUAGAUUCAAAAGAAAAGACAAUAGAAAUGAUGUCAGAAAAACUAGAGGCCAAGUCCAAACAACUUGAAGAUGUACAAUGGCACAUGGUAGAAAAGGACGAGGCACUAGCAAAGCAAAUUCAAUUUCUCAGAAUUGAAAUUAGAAAGCUGAUAGCGGAGGAGCUUACACUGUCUAAAGCUGAGCCAGUUGAGUACAUGACUACAAUGUUAACGCAAGAGAACAAUGAUGAGGAGAUAAGGCUUGGCACCCUAAUGUCAGAAGUAGAAAUCUUUAAGACCCAGCAUAAUGGAUUAAAACACAACUUGCACAUGGAACAAGCAGAGAAAGAAAAUAUGAAGAAAAAAAUAUCUCAUUUAGAAGGAGAGCUGCAGAAGAAGCAAGAAGAACUAAGUGCUGUAGAAAAGAGGAUGAAUAAUAGCAAAGGGCUAGCAACAGCCUCAAAUAUGGAUUCAUGGCACUACGAGAGUGCUGCAUCAGAAACGCAGAAGGGAAUGGAUGAUGCAAACACCCCUGUUGACAAGUCUGUAAUAGGAAGAACGAUGUGCAAUUCAGAUGAGAACAAAGCUUGUCUAGCAGCACAUACUAGUGUAGUGCAAACUUGCUCGGAAAAUGAGGCUAUUCUCUUCAAUUAUGAUCAUGCAAAUGAAGAGAUGUCAAGGGAACUUCUUACUUCUCAAGCAGAUCUUAAUGAAGUGACAAUACUAAAGGAAAGGAACGAAUAUAUGGGAACUCAGCUGAAAGAAAUGGAAGAGAGAUAUUCAGAGAUUAGUCUCAAGUUCGCUGAGGUAGAGGGAGAAAGACAACAGCUUGUUAUGGCACUACGUAAUCUCAGGAAUGAUGUUCUAUUAGGUUGGUACUUAAAGAAAUCAAUCACAGAAGGACUUCUUCUCUUAGAAGCUCUGGCCACGCUCCCUGGGUACCCAAAACACGGUCCAGAGUUCUCACAUGAUAAUGAUUUUUGACGCAAUUUGCUCUUUUCUUUUACCUUAUUAAUAAAUUCAGUUGUCCAGGGGGAAUUCUUUAAUAGACUAGCAGACCGACGGGCUAAUGAGAGUGGAGUUUCGCCCAAAUGUGACAUUUCGUCCUUGAAGGGUAAUUCUUCCAUGUUUCUCAUCGAUACCUGAGUUAAACCAACGUUUCCACGGGGCUUGAAAUCAAGAGGAAAUACAUCUUCUCCAAAAUCUGGUUCGGGGUAGUCGUCGACUUUUCCUAUUGUAUCUUUUAAGGAUCUCCAUAUUUUUGAUGAGUUGGUUUCUAGGUGACUAGAAUUAUCGAAUGACAAUUUCCUUGAAAUUUUAUUCUUUCUCAUCUGAUCUUUCUCUGUCUCUGUCCCCAAACUAGUGAAGUACAUGGAAUCAGGAAUGGCAAAGCUUUUAUCAAAUAAGGGGCUAACAGUCAAGUCCACAACCUCUCCUCUAAUGUCUUCAUGCGGCUUCUCAGAAUUACUAAGGCUACGCCAAUUCACACUUUUUCCCAUUAAAGCAGUAUCCAGUAUUUCAUUUUGAGCCAACUCUUUAUUUUUCAAAGAUAAACUUGGCUGUUUGAGUUGCUCUGAUUUUUGGGGAACUUUGCAUUUCCCUGAUGAAUAGGAGACUCCAGAAAGGUUUCUCAUUGGAGCCGCACUGGUGCUUUGCCUUUGACCGAAAAACUCACUUAUGGACAAACUCGCCUUUGCUGUUUCACUGGAUCUCCAAACAUUUUUUGACAUACCAAAAUCAAAAGGUUUUGGCAAGGUAGAGGAAUCUGGGACAGCCUCAACUACUUGAUUUAAUGUCUCGAAUUGCAACAAUUCAUCAAAACAUAGUUCAUCUAUCUCAUGACUACUUACAUGAUUUUUUCUUUUUCGUUCAUUUUCAACUUGAUAUAAACAUCUAUCCGAAUCCAGACCAGAAGAUACCGAAGAGGAGCAGUCUGUCAUUAUGGAUUUUGAAUCCUCCCGUUCCCCAUAUCUGCAGAAAACACUGAAUAGAGAAAUACUUUCUUCUGGAACAUGAUACUUUUCUAAAACACGUAUCCUUUGUUCAUGUGACCACUCAAGAAACUCAUUAAGCAUGACCCCUGAAGAUAGUAUAGAGUGUGCUGUCAAAGGAUUUAUUCCAGGAAAUUCCGUAAGAAAUGACUCGGCAAGAGUUACCGAAUCAGGCAUUUUAGGAUACAGACCCCUUGUCAUAUUGGUAGCACUCUUAAUGCAACUUACCAUAACUUCAUUUGUCAACUCAGGUGAGUAAGAGUAGAAUAUCUGCAAAUCAAUUCCCAGGCUUGCUGCUGCAGCAUAAAGUCCAUCCGAGGAUUCCAUUACAGUUGAAAGAAAGUUAAAUUCUCCUUCAAAGACCUGAAAAGGGAAGAAAACAUAUAUAAACCAGCUCAUUGUCCAAGUGAUCAAGCUCAACAAACAAGUAACAACCACCAAUCUACCGUCACAUCGGCUCUCGUAUCUUAAUCAUAUUUUCGUUUAUUAUGAUGUUUCUGUUCCCUCAUAUCUCAUUAAUCAGAUACAAAAAACUAAUUUUAUUUGUUACCUUGUACUAAGAGCUUAUAUCUUCCAAGCAUGUAAUACAAAAUGAUGACUAUGAUUAAAAUGCCUUAAUUCCCCUUUCUGCAGGGUUUAUAUAAGAAUGUUUUAACUCCUGUGAUACAUUAAUCUUCCAAAGGGUCAAAAGGAAAUUUCAAAAAUGGAAAAGCUGAAGCCUUCUUCCGAGAUUGACAUUCUUUCCCCCCAAAGGCUUCUCAAAUAACUCCUAACGAAACCACCUGGCCAUGCCAAGUACCUUCAUAAAUUUUCUAGAGCACUACUCAACAUUGAAAAAACAACCACGGAAGUAAAAACUGAGCAAUGUUAGAACAUCUGUGGCAAUAUUCUCAACACAUAAGGGCAAGCUUGAGGACGCUUCAGUCGCUGGAGUUGCUUUCUUCCCAAGG